AUGAAUUAAUUUUUUUUGAAAUAAUUUUACUUCUUUGUAAAGGGCUUGGAAGUUAUCUUUCACAUUCUUUCUAAGAUGAUCAAAAAUUUAAACAAACACAAGCAAAUUUACAAUGUAUUUUGUUUGCUUAUCACUUGGAACUUCAGAGAGCUCGUAUGGAGUAUUUUAUUCAAAAAAGUAAUGUUAUAAAGAGAUUGUUAUUUGCUCAUAUAAUUUUUACAUAUCAACAAUAUUUUUAAAAUUUUCUAAGUUAUUUUAGAGCACAUCUGUGUCUAACUUUAUAUUAAAAGAGAGAGUACUAUCAUUGUAGUCUUUUAUGAUGUUCGAAGGAAUGCAAAUUGA